GCAAUGCACAACUCACAGUGCUCAACCCCGCUCACCAUGCAUCCGUUACACACGAGCUGCAGAGCAAUGGGGACAGACCGAGUAUAGCGAAGUGUGUUGAGUGUGGCCGCUCGCUUCGCACAGCGAUCUGUCUCGACACACAUACACACUUCUAAGCAGUGCACAAUGCAUCUCGCACGCCCCCGAUUGGUGGCAACGUUGCUCUAUACUUACGCAUUGCACUUUAUAUAUAUAUUCUUUCAUAUACGUAUAUAUAUUUAUACAUUUCUUAUAGCAGCCUAUACGCCUGGCUAUUAAUGUAUAUUUGCAUUGAAUAGAGGCUUAUUGUACUGCAUUCCACUAUAUAUAUAUAUACUCAUACGUAUAUUUAUAUAUAUUUAUACAGUAAUAGCAGCCUACAUGCCUGGCUAUUAAUGUAUAUCUGCAUUGAAUAGAGACUCAUUGUACUGCUUGAAACUAUAUAUACUCAUACGUAUAUUUAUAUUUAUGCAUUAAUAGCAGCCUACACGCCUGGCUAUUAAUGUAUAUCUGCAUUAAAUAGACUCUUGUACUGCUUGACACUAUAUAUAUAUAUAUAUAUAUAUAUAUAUAUAUACUCAUACAUAUAUUUGUAUAUAUACACAUCUUUAAUAGCAGCCUACACGCCUGGCUAUUUAUGUAUAUUGACAUUGAAUAGAAGGCUAUCUCUCUCCUCACUCAUCUUGCUCUUAGCUCCCUGGCUGAAUGCAGUGAGCCGAUGUGGAUGUAAACUUUUAGGAGUUAUGUUGCUGUACCAACAGAGGAUUACUAUCGUGCCUUACACAUCCAUGCAGUGUUCAGGCAAUAUCUCACUACAAACACAGGUAUCUGACUCCCUGCGUGCGCGUGGCGAGCUGUUACUAAGUUGUUCAUUCUUAAGGAAGUGUCUCUCUUUCUCUCGGGUUCUGCAUCCGACCUUGCACAAAGCAGCAAGCCACUGCAGACCCAGACUUGGUUUUUAUAUGGCUCUAUGUGCAGCAAGUGAACCAGUGCCCUUCAGCGGAUCACUCCGCUAGAUGAUUCACACACGUCUGGGUUGUGCACUGUGUGGUACAGUUCAGGAGUUUGCAACAUCACUGUACAGCCGUUAACAAACUCUAUUAAAUGGCAACCUUGCUUCAAAGCACACAGUAUGUAACUGGCACCCGACACGCACAGACGACCGGUUACUAUCCGUUCCAGUGUAUAAGGAGUGUAUCUCCUCGCUCGGUGCUAUUGCAGAACCAAGCUCUGUUCUUCCAUGGCUCUGUGUAACACACCAUUGCUUUAUGCCACACAAUAUGUAACUGGAAUCCUGUGCGCUGCAAUCCGUUACAGAAAUGUCCCAGAUGCGUGGAGUCGAAUCUGCACUUGUAUCCUACAUUCAGCCAUCCAAGCGGUGAGCUGUGACAGGUUUGACUGGUCGGCCAACAGUGCAUGUCUGAACACACAACCCCUGUGGCCCUACAGCAGCCUCUCAGGCACAUAUGGCUCGCUCGGCGCCAUUAUGAUUUGUCAUGGGUUUGUAACGUCUCCAUAUGAUGGGUGGCUCACACACCUAUGUUUAGCAGCAGGCUUGUUCCACGGCUGACAACAUAUACUAUAAUAGGCACACGCAUGUGUGAUCGGAGCCACUGCAAACAUGUCAAUAUGGAGCUACAACAUCCCGAUCGCUCGGCAGUGUUUAGCCCAUUACCUUACCCUGUACAGCACUCAAUUCCUCCCUUGGCUAACGCCGCUGUGAUACAGAAGGGAGAGAAUUAUGAACACCCGCUUUAUAGGGUAUUUGUAUAUACUAUUACCCAGAGCGGCUGCCAAUUUGAUUCGACACAGACCACCCCAGCUGUGCAGACCUGUCGCAGAAUCGGCGCAGUGCGCCUUUACUGAGUCUGGAGUUUGCGAACGGGUAAUAUAGUUGUUACCUGACGAGAGAGGUAGAACAGCUUGUGCAGCCACUAUUCUCUCACCCUUUACUAUGACCUCUGUUGUGAUAGGAGACUACUAGCCGCGCCGGUGGUGCUUAUAGCAGGCUUUAUGUAGACCCGCACACAUUCACAGGGUGUAACGCUGUUCCCUCUUAGCUGAGUGUAAUGCGCAUCCUGCUAUCUUAUUGCCCGUUUGGGACUGUACCAACCAGCCACAGACACACUCCUUUGAUUAAAGUAGUUUCUGCUUGCGUGCGUGUGAGCAUAUAAGCACAGUGUGCAUGCCAGCUUUACGUUUAUGUGCUUCAUGCGAGCCGUCCCUCUCAGGAGCACUCUGGAUAUGAGUCUGCUCUGAGAUAUUCCACCCGAGACACUGCUGUGCUGGUGACGAACGCCUCCGUGGUGGACCGGCUUACAAGUUCACAGCGCACUACCUGCUGUACCAGACAGGAAUUUGCGCCUGCUCUUCAUUAAGCAGCUCAUGUCCUGGCUGCCGCAAAUGCGACACAGACUUAAGGGCUGUUAAGGACUUUAGAAUGUUUGAGAUUGUUUGGACGUAAUGAAUCAGUACAUGAUGGUGGAAAGUGUAAGCUUUGUCCUUAUCAGAGUUACGCUUUGUAUGAAACACGUUGUGCUCGGCCAAGUGCCAGCGGUUACGUGUUGCCCUACUUUGGUUUUGCUGCUUAUACACGCAAAAUCAGUAAGGACAGCGAGCCCUUUCUACAAGACGCCCUCUUUACGCAGCACCUGUAAUGGUGUGAAGCAAUGACUACGACCCGUUGCACUGUCACGUGUCGAAUGUUCUAUCUUUGCAGCAGUGCACAGAUGAAGGAAAAGUGGGCUGUCUACCCCAAAGGUUUUCAUGCAGCUAUCGCUGCAUUUCAUGCUGGUGCCUUGGGUGCGCAGUGGCCAGGCACAAUUAAUUCUCUUAAGUGAGAGAAGUGGCCAAUCAUUUGCAUAUUUUAGUGCCGUCAUGGGCUGUACAUGCCCUUAAGGGACUAUGUGCCAAAACCACCCUCAGCGCAGUUAGAGCAUAGACGGUUGCAUUCUACCUUUCCAUCUAGCUGAUGUGAGCUGUGCCCGGUAUGAGUGUUAUACAUUUAUCUAAGCACUCCGCUCUGACAUUACUGUUAGAGCAACUCUUUAUGCUUCAGAGAUGGGCUGUGGCAUUUGUUAACGAUCGCUGUGACCUGCCCAGCUCAUUCUAAGAAAUUUCCCUGCUCCACCUAAGCAGUCAGCUGCUGGGAUCCAGCUGGGGUCACUGGAUCAUUAGGUGAUAAUCAGGGCAGCACAUUACUGCCACACUGGCAUAGCGGUGUUAUUCUAAUUCGGCAGUCGCACUAUCCGACGCCUCUUCAUAGUUUGUACUGGAUGGCCAGUACAGCUGAUGUAUUAAUAUGGAGCCGCGUUUUCGCUUCUUCCUUACUUUCACGCUAGCUAUCUUGGCCAUCGUGCAUCAUAUGUUAAUACCAGCAAAUACUCUGCGUGGAUAUGCUUGCUACCGCCCACAUUGGGUCGGCCUAGCCGUUGCUGUUGUAAUGUUACAGGUUGCUAUCUGCUGUAGGGCUGCAAUAAGACCUACAUGCAGCCUGUGACUGUAUGCAUUCUGUUCUGUAUAAGCUCUGGAUUGAGUCCCUAGAGACUCAGGCAUCCAAUCUACUGUGCGUUAGCUUACACAGACUGGACGGGGAUUGUGCACCGACUCAGGCAUUGUGGUGCACAGACUUGAGUAAGCUUCACUGGAGCUGCUCUUCGCUGUUCUCACGGCGUGUUUGAAUACAUUCCCCAUAGCGUCAGCGGACGCAAUGUCGAGUGACCGCUCUCGAAAGGGAACGUCUCGGUUACUAUCGUAACCUCGGUUCCCUGAGAGACGGGAACGAGACAUUGCGUAAGCCGCCGUGUCACUGCUCAGAUCAGCUCUACUGUUCGUUCAAUCAAAAGAAUCUGAGUAUUUUGCCGCCUAAACAGGCUAUAUAGUAGCGGAAGUCCCGCCCCUAUAAGGCUGUCAUGGGCGGCAUUGGCCAGAACACUGGCGUUGUUCAAUAAAAGCUUCAGAAACCGGAAGAGGGAGGAGUUUCCCCAUAGCGUCAGCGGACGCAAUGUCUCGUUCCCGUCUCUCAGGGAACCGAGGUUACGAUAGUAACCGAGACGUUUUCUUCCAAUGUAUAAUCUUGCUAAUCCGUAUUUAUUAGUGGUCAUCCAUACAAUUGUUAUGUAUUUUUAUGUUAUUUCAUAUGUUUUUUAGUUGUAUUAGGCAAAUCAGUGUUGAAAUCUGCUGCUUUUAAUAUGAGGCCUGUUGUGAUAAUUUAUUGACUUAUCGCACGAUUAAUAAACAUGACCUCUGUAAUUUUUGGAGAGGCUAUAUUGCAAUAGUGUUUACAUGUAUGUUUGAUUGCAUAAAAAUGAACAUCAUUAGCAUUUUAGCCGAUCACGAUCGCCUGUGUCGUUUCUGCCUGUGUCUACUGUCUGUCUCAGUAGCACGUGCAGCUCAAGGUCCAGAGAGGAUCAUGACAGGCUAAGAGAAAGCAUUGAUGGAGCUGUAAUUUAGUCUUUUUCUGAUGAAUUCACAUAGUUUAAAACAAAUUAACCUAACUGAAAUUGAUUUCAAAAGUAAUAUGCAUCUCCGGCAUAAAUGAUAUGUGAAGAGAGGAAAUUAAUGUAAACAAGCUCAGAUGUCUAUUUUGUAAAAAAUAAAUAAUUAAGUAGGUCAAAAUGUAAAGAAAUUGACAUUCCCUUUUAAGCAUGUGUUUAAAAAGGGAUAGUUGGAAAUUUUAAUUGAAAAUUUUCAUCAUUGUUUCAGUCAUUUACUCACACUCAUGAUGUUACAGAACUGCAUUUUUUUCUGAUAAACAUCAAGGAACAUUUGAGGAAUGUUUGUAACUAAACCGAUCAUGAGCCACAUUCACUUCUAUGGUAGGAAAAAAGAAUACUAUGAAAGUGAGUUGGGUUCAUGAAUGAUUUGUUUACAAACAUGAGAGUAAGUUAAUGAUGACCAAAUUUUCAUUUUUGGUUGAAUUAUUACUUUAAAAUUGUGUAACACAGCAUAGCUGACUAAUUAUUUUUUGUUUGGUUUUUAUGUUAAAUGGUGAAUCAAUGGAAGCAGCACUGAGAAGACUUUCAGAACUCAUCUGAGAUGCCACGAGGAAAGGGUUUCCGUCGCUCCCAGGCGGCAAAAAGGAGGAUUGCUGACCGUUAUGCGGUCGGUUCCUCCAUGGACUUGGUUGAGGUUGUGCCACCUCUAAAUAAAGAGGCACCUCCCGACAGCUCUGUAACACAGAGCCCUGACACUGAGCAAAAUGACGUUGUCAAAAGUGAUGCCAAAAGUGAUGCCAAAAGUGUUGUCAAAAGUGUUGUCAAAAGUGAUGCCAAAAGUGAUGCCAAAAGUGAUGCGAAAAGUGAUGCGAAAAGUGAUGUGAAAAAUGAUGCCAAUGUGAAAAAUUAUGUGAAAAGUGACUUUGAAAAUUGCCGUAAGGCUGCUGAAAAUGUUCCAAUGUGUACCAAAUCUCCAAUGUGUACCAAAACUCUUCCAAGGUCUAAGAAAACGUACUGUGAUAUUGUGAAAACUUUGCAUGUCAAUAACUCUGAUCCAUUUCUUCUGAAAGUUAUACAAGGUUCCUUCCAUCAGGGUGAUGAGCGGUUUGGUUUCAACCGUAACAGACAGUGUGCAGUAAAUAGCAUCACAGCUGUAAUGAUGAGCAAGCUGAAGAAUGUGCUAACAUGGACGACAGAGGACCUGAAUGCUGUUCUAAUGCAAGGAGAUGAGCUGUACACAUGUAUGCGACUGCAGGGGAAGAUCAAUGAUGACACCGGCCGGGGACAUGUUUCUGUUGCUGAAUUGCCAACCGUGCACACACUGCACAACACAAUAUUUUCAAUAAACCUUGCCGAAUCUUUCUCAGGUGUUAUUGGUGUUGAUCUAUAUGAUGAAGCUGUACAAGAUGUAUGCAUGCCCUUAGAUGAAGCGCUUCAGAGGACACUAUUAAAUGAUGAUGCAUGUUUGUUAAAUAUUAAAGACUAUAUUUGUGCCGUUAUAAAGGCAGGUACAACAUAUGCUGUAGUUGAUUCUCAUUCUCGUAAUAGUAAAGGUAUGGUACAAUAUAACGGAACAAGUGUAGUAGUAUACUGUGAUGACAUAUAUGUGUUAUUUAAUCAUGUUAAUAAUCUUGCAAUGUCACUGAAUGCUCAGGGAACCCCAUUCGAAGUGACGGGUGUGAAAGCAUCUGUAAUUGGUAAGGAUUCAACUGCUGAGACAAGUUCUUGUGAGUCUGGUCAACAAAGCAGCAUUUGUCAAGUUUCACCUAAAGCAACGGGUGACAAUAGUAAGUGUAUUAAAGGUAAUGGUAAACAAACGUGUUCAGACAGGCCAGUACUGUGCAAACUGAAUCAGACGUACGGGGAUUCCAAUGAGAAGAGUAAACUACAGGCUGAACCAAAGCUUACACAUGUGAGCAAGUUGCGUGAUAAUUUAUCAAUGGAUGAUGUCAUUAUUUUAGAAACUGUAAAUACAGAGUUCAAUUUCAAACCUUUAAUUUCCACAGAUCAGGAUGCUUUGUGUAAACGUUUACAACUGACUAAUGAAUACAAUGGUGUACAAGGUAGAACUUUGUGUUUGUUAAGAAUACCGUGUAAAACAAAGAGCAUCAAUGCAGACGGUAACUGUUUUUAUCGAUCAGUAGCACACGCAGUAUGUGGCAAUGAAGAGAAACACCUUAAAAUAAGACGUGCAGUUGUGAAACAUCUUGAAGCUAACAGUUCUAAGUUUGUGAGGUAUUUAAGAGAAGAGUACAGAUCAGUAAAAGAUUAUGUGACGCAGUGUAAAAUGUAUUACUCCGGAUCUUGGGCCACAGAAAUUGACAUUUUUUGUACGGCUGAUUUGUUGAAAAUAAAUAUAUUCACCUUCAAUAAUGGCAGAUGGAAUGUGCAUGCACCCACUGGUAAACUUGUGGUGGCAUCCAAAUCCCGUGAGAGCGAUUGA